AUGAACAGCCGUUCGGUCGCCCCGGCGGCGAGGUCGCUCCUCAGCUGCUGCCGGAACCUGUCGACGCAGCCCGGCCGCCGACUCCUGUCCUCCGCCACGGCGCGGGCGUCGCAGACCGCAGCCAAGCGCCCCGCUGCUGCCCAGCAGCUGCCGCCGUCCACGAGAUGCCUCCCCUCCGCCAGCAGCCAGAGGAGGACGUACAAGACGGUCGAGGAGGCCAAGAGCAGAUACAAGUCAGGACCCUUCUCCUGGCGCGCCGGCAUCCUCUUCGUCCUGACGGGCGCGGGCCUGCUCUGGUACUUCGAGUACGAGAAGGAGCGCAUGCAGCGCAAGCGCAUGGCCGACGCGGCCAAGGGCGUCGGCAGACCAAAAGUCGGCGGGCCCUUUGCGCUGGUCGACCAGAACGGCAAGACGGUGACGCACGAGGACCUGCGGGGGCGGUACUCUCUGGUCUACUUCGGCUUCACCCACUGCCCGGACAUCUGCCCGGAGGAGCUCGACAAGAUGGCCCGCAUGUACGACGCCGUCGAGAAGGAGGCGCCGGGCGCCCUGCUCCCCGUCUUCGUCACCUGCGACCCGGCCCGCGACACGCCCGAGAUCCUGAAGGAGUACCUCGCCGAGUUCCACCCCGGCUUCGUGGGGCUGACGGGCACCUACGACCAGAUCAAGGCCAUGUGCAAGGCCUACCGCGUCUACUUUAGCACCCCGUCCGAGGUGAAGCCGGGCCAGGACUACCUCGUCGACCACAGCAUCUACUUCUACCUCAUGGACCCCGAGGGCGACUUCGUCGAGGCCCUCGGCCGCCAGCACUCGCCCGACCAGGCGGCCAAGGUCAUCGUCGACCACAUCAAGGACUACAAGGGCACGUUGAAGGCGGCGUAG